ACUUCAUAGUACGGACCUGGAUUACGCCGAAAUCGAAUCGAUAGCUCGAACGGAAUACAAAUCAACGAAAUCCAACGAACAACGGGUCAAAUUGAGUCAAAACACGAAAUCGACCAAUCGAUCUAGCGUGGAGAUAAAUUUGCCGGCGAUAUCAACCCAGGGCAGCGGCUGGGUGCGGCGAUGGUGGCGGACGCCGGCGUACAGUGGCAGAGCGCCAGCUGUUGGCGGUCUACCUUGUUCAAAAUCGAGGGGAUAGAGACAAACCGAAAUAGGAAACUGAAGAAGAAGAAGAAGAAGAAGAAGAAAAAGAAACUGACCUGAGCUAAGGGCGACGACGGGUGGAGGCGACUGGCGGCGCUCGAUGGUGAUGAGCGGCGGACUUCCGGCGAAGGCGAAACAGCGGCGAUUGACGGCGCUGCAGCUCGAUGACAAGGACGACCGACGCUGGCAGUGGAGGCGACGAACGGCAGCACGACGAGGUGAACCGUCGUCGGCGGCGCUGAUGCUGACGGAGGACCUCUGGCGAAGGAAGCAGCGGCGAUUGGCUGCGGCGAGGAGGCUCUGGCUUGCGCGACGCCGGCGUGGUCGAACGGCAGGGGAGGAUGACCGGCGAAGAACGGCGUCUGGCGGCUGCAACUCGACGGCGAUCGAAGAUGAAGAAGAAGAAGUCUUCUGCUGGUACGGCGUACCUCAUCAGUUAGAUUCCCACCGGAUUGUUCUCGCCGUCCGUUUUUGGGGAGGAGCGAAGGGUCAGCGACGAACACAGAUACCGGCGGCGACAACCCACGAAGCUGCCCGUGACUUGAUUCAGCUUUGGCCAAUCCUCUUGCCCUUUUUGAUGUCGACGUGUAUUCCUCACUUUGUAUCUCUCAGAUUUUUGGAGCUCAACACCUCAAAGAGAUAUCGGUUCUCCGGUCGGUGCAGAAGGACCAUGUCAGUUGCUGCUUCAGUUUCAAAAGAGGCCUCCAAUUACAUUCCGGAAGCUCCGAUUUUCUUGCCUGAAGGGCCAUGGCAGCAGGAUUGCAGCCAGUAAUUAUAUGAGGAAGGCCGAGGAAACUCAUGGCACCGUGGAAAUUCACAUAUCUAUUGGUGAUGGCCCGGGACGCGGAGUUGCAUGGGGCUGUGAUUUGAGUUAUGAUUACGUGAAGAUAAAUGCCGAGUACUCUACGUGAGUUAAGUGCAAUUUAUUCAGUAUUUGUUGCAUUUUUCAAAACUUCAAAUGUUCCACUCUUGUUGUUCAAGUUGACUGAGGUUUUCCUUGUUUAUUCUUUGCCACAUUUUCUCCAUCUAUACAAACCAAGAGAAAUGCAAGGCAUUGGCUUUGCCCUUUUUUUCUUUCCUUUUUUUGGAAUGUGUAAAAUUUUGUGAUCCAAAACGCAAGUUUUUGAUUUCACUGUUGGUCACACUUUGUGGUUCCUAGGCUGGGAGAUGUGUUGGUUAAAUGUGAGAAACAUACACUAAGGUUCUUUUGAUACUGAGAUCAAACCUACCGUCAUAAUACUCUCCGUUCUAAUUUAAGUUGUCAAUUUAUUAUUUAAAUGGUCAAAUUUUAGCCACGUUCUUUACUCAUUUUCACUACCCAUUUGAUAAAAUAAUUUAGUCUUGUCACG